AUGGACCCGCCAGUCAUCGCCGUCACCUCCACCUCAGUAAGGAAAGACGUGGGGCCUGGCGGUGCGGUGGUCUUGGCCUCGAAACUAACCCGGAAGACGUCAUCUUUUGAAAGAGAAGGAUGGUGGAGAAUAACAUUAACAAAUACUCCUAUCCCUGGCACUUACCACUUGAAAACUUUUAUUGAAGAAUCCCUGUUAAAUCCAGUGAUAACAACCUACAAUUUUAAAAACGAAGGAAGGCGAAAACCACCUCUUGUGCAAAGAAACAAUCCGGUACUAAAUGACCUUCCCCAGUACAUGCCUCCUGACUUCCUGGACUUGUUAAAGAAGCAAGUGGCCACUUACUCCUUUAAAGACACACCGCGGCCAAGCCCCAGCAUGCUGGUUUACAAAGAUAAGUCGGUUAAGCUUUCACCAGGGCAGUACGAGCUACUUCCUGCACCAGUUCCCAAGUACGCUUCCAGGAGCUUUGUAUUUCGUUCUUCAGUUCAACGAUUUCCAACAGGCUGCUUUACUCCUGUAAGUAUAUUGUAG